AAGCUCCACAACUCCACCUUAUUGAUAUAUCGCUUCAGCUCGAGUCGUUCUCUUUUAAGCCUAUCGUGAAGUCCAAGAGGACUUGUCCGCAAAAUGUCCGCUCAGAACUCCGCAGGCAUUCAGACCCUCCUCGAUGCUGAGAGAGAGGCCCAGAAAAUUGUUCAGCAAGCUAGAGAAUACCGUACCAAGCGGAUAAGGGACGCAAAGGCCGAGGCUCAGAAGGAGAUUGAGGAGUACCGCAAGCAAAAGGAGGACGAGUUCAAGAAGUUCGAGGCUGAGCACUCGAGCGGAUACAAGAAGGCUGAGGAGGAUGCGAACAAGGAGGCGGAAGUGAAGCUCCAGGAGAUUAAGGAUGCCGGCAACGAGAAAGGCAGCAAGGUUGUGGAGGACCUCAUCCAUGCGCUGAUUGACGUUAAGCCUGAGGCCUCGGAGAAGAUUGUGGUCAAGGCAUAGAUUUGGUGUUUCCUGCAGCAGUGUGAAGGUUCAUCAAUGUUUGGGUUCUUUGCUUCCAGCCUGUGAAUAUUGUUUAGCUAUUUGAUCAUACAAUUCCUCCUGUCUAUCAUUUUUCUAUGCUGUCUAGCAGCUCAUUCGACAAUACGACGGGG